AUGUCAAUGUUUUUCGAGCCCGUGGUAAAGCUAUCAAACGCGUUGAACUCACUCAACUCUGGCUAUGCAGAUCUUUCGUUUGAGGAGCAAAAAGCUCUGACUGUUCUGGAGAGAAUUAAGUUGUACAACUGGACUUUCGAAUUUUAUGCUUUGGGAGCAUUGGUGCUCAUCUUCUUGGCAUAUACUAUUGGUACUAAGGUCAAUUCAGGUCGUGGUCGUCAGCUAAUGAUGUCAUUAAAUCAGGUAUUCAAUGAUUUGGCAUUUGCCAAGAUUGGGUUCACCACUAAGGGUCCUCAAAACCAGCCAUUUGUAGCUGAGAACAACAAUACCUGGUUCACCACUUACACUUCUGGGCGUUCGAGCAUUGAAAGUAUCACCGCUCGUGCUCAUCUACUCUCCCGUUUCAAUCCUUUGUCCAUAAUAAUGGAAAAGGUACUGGGCAUUUUUUUCCCUAGCUUGGUGGCUAAGGACUUAGAAGAGUUUCUAGAAGUUACUAUUGUGCCCAAUGGACACUAUGUGACCAGCUCUGCUGCUCCACUACCAAAGGAUACCAGUUCAGCUUCGUCAGUCGUUAACAAGUUCAAAUUCAUUUCUGCUAUUGUAAACAAGUCCGACAUGGCCAAAGCUCGUGAAGCCAACUAUUACUUGUCGCUCACUCACACUUCCGAAAGCGACAAGUUGCCCUUCGAGUAUGUUUUCAUGUCCGAAAAUAACCAACUCAAUGGCCUGUUCGAAUUUUACGGAGGCGCUGAGUUCAGAGAGUUGUUAAGUCAAAGCACCAAGUUCUUGUCGUUUAUCGCUUUCACUGAUUUGCCGGAGGAGAAGCCUGUCACUGAGAAGACCUGGGAGCUGAGCUUGCAACCAAGAUGUGUGAUUAGAACCAAGAUGGUCACCGGUUCUGCUGACCUUGCUCGCUUAAACCAACUGAUCAAAGAGGUUGUUGCAAUUGUCGAUGCUGCCACCCAACAUUUUGUUCAAAAUCCUUCCAAGGCCUUUAUUACCAACGACAUGCUAAAGAAAUUCUCAAACUUGCGUUCUCAAGAACUUGCCAAGAUCGUCAAGGUUGUGAAGCAGACCGAAAGAGAGCUCUUACAGGAGAAAAAACAAGACCUGGAGAGAGAAAAGAGACGUCAAGCUAGAAACAAGUUGAGUGGAGAAGACCAAGACAAGGUUGAUCAAAAGAUGCGCGAGAAGAGAGAAAGACGUCAGCGCAACAGGCAAAAGGUCCGCAUGUAA